GAGGCGUAGUAGCAGACCUUAAAAACCCAGGAUAUCAAGACCACAUUUUCACUUUCCACAAGAAGUCGAGGUGAGACAUUGAAGCUCUAGAUUGAUACUUGUUUUGACAUCUCACGUAAUUCAUAUCUACCAAUAAACGGACAUUUUUAAGUGGGAAUAAUAUUUAAUAUUACCAUAUUAGUUGGAUAAUAACUUAUAUCAAAUUGGUUUAUUUAAAAAUGACGGAAAGCAAAUUAUUUAUUGUUAUAUUUCUUGUUACCUGCGUCUACCAAGUCUGCAUUGGAUCAGUAAUCUUGAGAUCUAAGGACGAAACAACUCCAAAUCCAAUGAAAGAGAAUCCUAAUUCUAUAAGUCAACCAGAAUCACGUUCCAAAGACAUUAUUAUUGAAAGAUUGAAAAAAAGUAUGAAGUUCAAUGAAACAUCAUUAGACUUUUGUGGUACAGCUCCUUGUGGAUGGUGUCCGUAUGAUGAUGCACUGCAAAUCACGUUGGAUUUUAUACCUAAUCCAUGUGAAUGUCGUAAUCAUCAAAGAUGUUUACGAGAAAGGCCAAUCUAUUCUGGAUCUUAUUAUGUAUAUUAUUGCAGUGACAAAGUAGUUGAGGAUGAUUACUAUGAUUCAUGUACAUCAGAUUGGAGAUAGUGUAAUUUUUCAUUAAGAUAGUAUUUAAAAAUUGUAAUAAAUUUGGACAUACUUUUGUGUAUUUUAAUAUUUAACUUAUCAAUAUUGUUGUAGAUUUAUAAGAUUUAUGUACUUAUUACAAUAUAAGUAUUUUAAUUUAGAAUUAUUAAGUAAGUAAUGACAUAAAUUAUGUUUUGUGAUU